UCGUGUCCAGCGUCUUUCGGUUUCUUGCGGCUCAGUGCGAGUCGCUUGCUAUCUGUAAGGGUCUCUUUGUGGGCCUUUGUGUGUGUCGCUUGCUAUCUGCAAAGGUCUCUUUGUGGGCCUUUGUGUGAGUCGCUUGCUAUCUGUAAGGGUCUCUUGUGAGUCUUUGUGCGAGUCUCUGGGCCCGUGAGUCUCUGGGCCUAGUGCAAUAGACAAAAGAAUGGAGCCUGCCGAUGUCUCCUCCACGUGGCGUGGCACUGCAGCCGCUCCCCGCUCGCGUGGGCCCGUGCAGUUGCACCGCCUGCACACGCGGUAGUAGACGCGGUGGCCACUGGUGGUGUACCGCGUGCUCAUAGUUGUCUGUACUGUAUAGUCAUUUCCCAAACAGGAAAAUAAAGGUAAUUGUUUAUAGCACAUAGGGUUAUAGCACAAUACAGUUUUUUGUUUGUUUAGAUCGCGUGUAAUAGUUUUUUGGGGUAAAAAUGUUCGCGAUCUAACCCAAAAAAAACCUGUAUUAUGGAUGAUAUUGGUCGCGAAAGCCUACGCAUUGAACUGUUUAUAGCACAGUCUGCAUGCACGUGCGUUUUGUGUUGGUGUGCUUGCUCCGUACACUCCGAGUAGCACCGUUGGCCAUGUAGAAAGAAGUUCAACAUAGUAAACAUUGUUUUACUUGCUACAUCCGUAAAAGGAGCAGAUGACGGCAAAAUUAACUAAAGUUUCGUGUAAGGCAGUGGCGCUUACAAACAGACACGCCUUGAGUUCAGGUGCAUAGACAGUAAGAGUCUCGUUGAGACGCAACGUGAAGAUUCCUGAAGAGAAUUACAUUUCUGACGGGGAGAAUCGGCGGAAACUCGAAUCUGAACCAUUUCUGGGGGCCUCCCUUAGGUCUGCUCGGCCUUAAAUGAGUAGACAGUUCGCUGUGGACUCAUGAGACAAAGACGGCUGUGAUGCUGCUUACGCGACCACUAAUACAGCACGCUGUUGACCUUCAUAGAAGCUCUCUCGCUGCCCUUGAUGUGCAGAGCUUAAAAUAGCGAAUUGAUUCCCCGAAAGAAGAUCUGAGCUGGUCAUCAAAAUAAGCGGACAAACUCCGAAUAGUUUUUUUUACGCUUCCCGUCAUCAACACGCACCAUUGUGUAAUUUCAAGCAGCAUUGGUUUAACACAAGCAGUCCAUAGUUGCGUCACCACUCACUGCUGGCCUAAACCAGCCCGCGCCUGGAGCAGAGCACGUGUCGAGCACGUGGUGAGGAUGUCGUGGUCGUUGCUGAACACAGGCACCGCGGGGAUGCACUCGCGCUCCUGCAGAUCCUGCUUCCGAAACUACAUCCUGGCAUUGGAGCCUGGGGCACCCAACAGCCGCCCCUACCUGCUGGUGUGCGGACACGUCUUCUGUGGAGCAUGCCUGCAGGACAAAGGCACACACGCAGGCUGCGAGUUUGCGUGCCCCACUUGCAAGAUGGUGACCAGGAUUCCUGGAGCCGGUGGCUUGUCUCAGCUGCCCCUGGAUUACUAUUCACUUGGAGUUUUGGCCGCAUACAACUACUCGUGCGGUGUCCCACGGUCCAAACAAAUCCUUGGUGGUGGGAGCCAAGCGAAGUUGCGCCAGCCCUUGCUCACGGACGGAGGAGCUCUCACGGAGGCCCGGGGGAUCCCGGAAGAUGUCCGCUUGAAUCUGACCACUGGAAAGGAGAGGCGCUGUGCCGAAUGCGAGCGCCAGAAAGCCAUCCUGUUCUGCAAGCACUGCCAAGAGGACUUUUGCGACUCUUGCUUUAAGAAGGUUCACGGAAAUGCGAAAGUGCUGAAAAACCACAAAGUGAACAAAAUUGAUCCCAGUGAUUGCGAGAAUUGUGAAGUGCAUGGUAAGCUGUACGCCUACUGCUGCGAGCUUGGUGGUGGUGGUGGCGGUGGCAGCGGCGUCGCGUGCGCUGAUUGCAUCGCGGACUCUGAGCACAGCGACCACGACCAUACUCUGCUCGAUGCCAAGAAGGAAGAGCUGAGCAUGCAGCUUCCCAAGGCCAUUGUGGUGGGCCAGGCGAGGGUCUUAAAACUGAAGGAGGCGCUGCGAGAGUUUGAGAAGCUGCAGUCUGAGCUGCAGCCGCAGCUUCACACGGUGGUGUGCAGCAUACAUGAGAGCAUCCACUCGCUGUGCUCCAUGGUGCAGGCCCGGGGUGCAGAGCUGGUUUUUAAACUGAAGGACAUGGAGGUUUGGCUCAACCCCAUACUGACGAGAGGAACGAGCGUUCUUCACGAGUCACUCUUGUCGAACUGCGUCACCCUCGACACUGCCUGCAGAAUGGCUCGGGGCCAGCAGUUCUGUACGCGGGACGUGCAAAAGGUGGUAGACCAGCUCCUGACGAUGGACGUGCCAGAGCUGUGCUCCGUAUUGCUCGAGGACUCGCUGGACCUGCAGUGUGACCUGGACGCGACGCAGCUGUUCGGCCACAUUAAGGAACUCGGCACGAUUUUGUUCCCCACAAGGCUCCUGGAGUAUGGCAAAAGCAUGAGUGCGGCUGCUGGGUCAGACCGGUCUCCAGUAGGGGCCAUGCCCCUUUCGCCGAUGCAACAGCAGCAGCAGCAGCAGGCUCACGGCAGCCGUGCCACAACCAGAGGCCACGCAGAAAAGGGACCAAUCGGGCCUGACCUAAAGCUCACCCUGAACCUGCAGGGUCCGAAGCACGCGGACCCCCCCACAGCGACGUGGUCCAAGAAGGGAGGAGCAGUGUCGGCUGCUGCAGCGCUAUCGUCUGCAUCGCUUGCCCGUUGCCUGUUCCCAGGCAUAUCUGGAGAUGAGUCUGUCAGUCUGGCAGGAAUGAUGACAGCUGGUGGGGAGCCGAGCUCCGUCCAAAGGUGCAAGAUAGGGAACGCAAAAUCGUCCCGUAAUCGGCCCUCCUGGAUUUCACAGGACGCGAUGCAUUCGGAGCAGGUAAUGCUGACCCACGUGGUGAAUCCCAGACACUUCUACGUGCAGUACUACGCCGCUCGCUACCGCAACGAGAAGCUCAACUUGGCGCUUUCCAAGUACUGCAUGGCCCAGACUAAAAACUCUUCAGCCAUACAAACCCUCAGCAUCGGCGAGGUUCUGUGCAUGCGGAGCUGUGUGAGCAAUAAGUGGCACCGCGUCAAAAUAAUUUCCAUCCGGGCUGGCGAGGAGUUGUGCGGUUCUGUGCAAGCGGAGGGGGGAGAGGGCACGGCCAGCCUCGGGCUUUUACGAAGCAUCGCAUUGCAAAUGCGGGUAUUUGACGAGCGGGAGUCGGAAAACGACGCGGUCCUCGGAGUGGCGACAGCAGCCGAAAUGACGUCGUCUGUGGAAGCUGGGCACGUGGCCGAUGAGGGCAUUGUGAAGGCGAGAGGCAGCACUGCUGGGCAGACGCUGCAUGUGGCCGAGAGAAGCGGCUGUGGUUUUGUCGAGGCAGAUUACCUCUCUCUGCUUGAAUGCACACAUCCAAAAUCCCCCGGCGUAUGUGGCUCGAUCACGAGCUUGCAAAAGCGAGAGGAUGCAGAUGGCAAACGCGCGGACGCACGUGGAAAGGGCCACGUUGCCAAAUGGAACUUUUCCACCGAGAAGAGCGCCGAACGUGCUCGUGAAAUCUGCGAAACGAGCAAAAAAAUUGGAGUGGUGUCGGGUCUGCUCACCUGCUCGGAGGAAAUGGAAAUGAUCGACGGUGUCUUGGAAUGCGGCUGGGAACACGAGGACAACUGUGCUGCUGCACCUGACAGGCACCCAGGAGUGGAAGGUGAAGCCCAAGCAAGCGCUGACACUCAGUCGUCCAAACCGGCCUUGGUUUCACAGGGAGCGUCAUCAUUCCCCAUUGACAAAGUAACCAGGCUGAACGUUUUCCUGGUGGAUGAAGGAAGAACGGAAGUGUUUUACGUGAGAAGUAAACGUGCGCUCAAGCAGAGCAGAAGGAAUGCCGCGUGCGCGGUUUCGGAUUUGCAGCCACAUCUUCGUCGUCCAGACCACGAGCUCCUGAAUCUGUUUGAGAAAGUCCCAGCGGCCGCCGUGCGCUGUGCUCUCAAGGAUGUGGUGCCCUUCGUCGCGGGUCAGGGUUGGAGUGCAGAGUCGAGCAAAGCGUUUGCCGAGAUGCUCCAGGGACAGAUUGUCCACAUGGUCGUGGCCGCCAGAGCCGGCGAUGUGUUCAUCGUGGACCUCGUGAAGUCCCCGCACAACCAGGUGGAGAACGACGUCCCGGUGUCGCUCAGAGAUGCCCUCGUCUUCUUGGAGCUUGCCAGGUUCCAGUGUGACUCCGCGCCACUCUGCGUGCCAGACCACAGGCCCGGUCGUAGCCCAGCCUUCAUUCCACCCAGCAAUCUCCAGCCCCUCGCGUGGCUCUGUCUCAUGCUGAGCCACAUCAACAGUCCCAGCGACUUCUACGUGCAGCAGGUGAGCACGACAAAGUGCUUGCUGGAGCUGAAGGGCGCUCUGCAACGCUUCUACCGGGACUACCGCAACGAUUGGACGGUCGUGCAUCCCACUGUGGGACAGCUUUGUGUUGCCCAGUUCAGCGCAGACCAGCAGUGGUACCGUGCCCAGGUCAUCGGUUUGCCGGGCAAGGGAGAUGUGGAGGUGAGAUACGUUGACUACGGGAACACAGAGCGCACCUCGGUGUCCUGCAUACGCAAACUGGGCAACAUGUUUCUACAACUGCCAGAGCUGGCGGUGCCGUGCACGCUGGCAGACAUCCGCGCAAACGGAGAGUGCUGGACAGUGGCGGCCAUGGAACGCUUCCACCAGAUAGUGGACAACAAGCACCUGUGGUCCUUGGUUACCGAUAACAGAAGUGGCAAUCACGUGUCUGUGCACCUCUUUGUCGAACCGGCCCAGUUGUUGAGCAAGAUGCUGGUGGAUGAGGGCUUCGCACAACGUUUUGGACUCCGCUCGGUGUCCUUGGAGGAGUUGAAGUUGGCGAAAGAAAGAGCGGCGGUGCAGACGGACGUGCCGGAGGGGCCAUGUGGCGUAGAGGCUGCGGCUGUGUGGUGGUCGGGCCGAGCUCGCCGGGGCACGACGACGAUGCCGACUCAUGCCUUCGUCUCCUUCGUCAGGUCCCCCGCCUCCUUCUACCUGCAGCCCGACGAAGCGCUCGGAAAUUUCCUACCCACGCUGAAGGAAAUGCUGGAGGAGCGAUUUGGUGGGAAGCCGCGGCCGCUCGCUCAGGGCAGUGCAGCCGCUGCGCCGGCGUCUGGCGCCGAUCUUGCCGAGGGCUCGCUGUGCGCUCUGUACAGCACAAACCACCGCACCUGGGCCAGGGCCCGGAUCCAAAGCCUCCAUCCUGACGGUCAGAUUCAGGUGCUGCUGCUCGACUACGGAGAUGCGGCGGUGGUGGCGCCGAGCGAACUGCGCCCCAUCGACAUGGCGUGCAGCCGCUACCCUGCCAUGGCGGUACACUGCUGCCUCGCUUGCUUGACGCCAACAGGCGGCAGCGCGGAAUGGUCGGCCGGAGCGUGCGACUUCUUGUCCGAUGCCAUUUCUGAGAAAUACUGCUACGUCAAGGAAAUGGGGGAGAUGGAGAGGGAUGACCCCCUGCCUGUGCAACUCACCUGCCGAAUGGCGGGAGAUAAAGACCACCUGCGAGACAUCGGCAACUUGCUGGUACUUCAGGGGCUGGCCUUCCACGUCAAAAGGCCGAUCGCAGAUCCAGGAGUGGUGCACAGGAGGAUGGGCGAGGACAUCGUCGCAGCGUGCGUCAAGGAGAUGUCCCGCAUGGUGGUUCCACCCCAGCAGUGGGCCGGUGUCCCCUACCUAGCGCCCGAACUCCCGGCCAGCGACACGUUCAGCCUGGUGGUGUCGCACGUGAGCGCCAGCGGCCGCAUCUACGGACACCUGGCUUCAAAUGAUGCGGUCCUGCAGAAGCUGAUGGAAUCCAUGGAUUUGGAGUGUGGCAGCAGCAGCAACAAGAACAGCAGCCUUUCUGGACUUGUGGAUGUGCCUUUUUUCUUGGGCCAGCCAUGCGUCGUUCAGCUGUCGGGAGGCUGGUACCGGGGCCAGAUUCUCAAUGUGCAAACAAACUCCGUGCAGGUGCGUUACGUCGAUCACGGGGGUGAGGACGAGGUGGAGCCUGGCGCCGUGCAUGUGACCGACCGUUUCACGCACGUGCCCCCGCUCUGCCUUGAGUGCGUGCUGAGCUCCCCGCAUCUGGAUGAAGGCGACGCACAGAAGGACGAGGUGGUUGAAUACCUCUCCAGAAUGCUCUGUGGACAAACAGUGAGCAUGACACUGAAGGUGCCCUGCAGUGAAGCAUCACUGCCCCUCCAAGUGGACGUCUACACAGAGCAGCAGGGCUCCCUAGAGGCUCUUUUGGUAUUGGCUGAGCCUCUCGACGGGGAGCAGUGCAGCUCACAGGGGCAGGGGCCCAUGGAAGGCGAGAGAAAGCCAACGAGCACCGAAGGCCAGAUCCAAGUGAGAGAAGUGCCUCACUUCUUCGAGAGCGUGGUGGUUCAUGCUCUUCAAGUGGAUGACUCAGGAGAGGAGAAGGGCGCAGGUCUGGGCGCUCUUGGCGAAUGGGGGGAGGAGGAAGAUGAAGAAGAUAUGGCGGCUACGGAGAGGCCAGGGGGGAGCGGUGAUCAAGAUGAGCAGGAGGAAGAUGUCAUGUGGGAUGAGCCCCUGGUAUUCACGCUGCAGCAAAGGCCAACCAGUCUUAGUUUUAUGACGCUGCCACCCCCAGGACACUAUUACCCAGUCUCGGUCACCCAUUUGGAACUUCCCAAUCAGGUGUACAUCCGCCUGUCUGCCAGCACCCCGCCCACGCCUCUCUUGGAGGGCCAAGAGUAUGAGCAAGGCCUCAACCCCAAUCUGAUCGCCGCUUUAAUUAAAAUCCACACAUCACCGAUCCGCCUUUCUCCACAAAAGGAUUUUAAUGUUGGCUCGCUCUGCAUGGCGCCGUUCAGCGAGGACGGCCGCUGGUGCCGAGCUCGCGUCAAGUGCGGCCCCCGCAUGCUCGCCGGUGGCGACAGCGUCCUGCUGGUGGAGUACGUGGACUUUGGCAGCUGCUACGAGCAUCGCCCCAGCGAAUUGCGAGCCAUCCCGGUGGAGCUGCUGGAGUUUCCGGUGCAGACAGUACAGGUGCGCCUCUGGGGGCUUAGCCCACCACCCUUCGAGGGCCCCGCUUCCGCUGCUGCUGGUGCCGGGGAGAGACUCCCCUAUGGGCCCGAGUGGCCCCGCUGCACCUUGCUAGCGGUGCGCAGCUGCGUGGAUGGCGUGCCGCUGGUGGCCAGCACAGUGACAGAUGCACGAGGGCCAUGCGUGGCGCUGUACCACGCUGCGGAGCCAGGCGGCCCCCUGGUCUACCAGCACAUCCCAGAGCAGGGUCUGGCUCAGUGGGAGGUGGGCGCUGAGGGAGCGCGGCCGCCAAAACACGGAUAAGAAAGUGCCUGGAUCCUGAAAGCUCCCAAGUGCCAGGUAGUUUUAACGGACAGAGAAUACUCGCAUUUCUCCAACGCUGCGGCUGCACUUCUGGGCUUGCUGCUGCUGUUCUUCCUGCUGGUGCUCACACCGGUGAUGUGCCAACGACGAUGCCUCCACGCCGUCCAGUUCCAGCGCCACUUCGACGAAGACAGCCUCACUAUGGAGGAUUCAGCCGUGCACUCACCUGACGUUGAGAUCAUCGGUGAGGAGUACACUGUCAGAAUGGAGGACAGCAAAAACGUGUUCACUCAGGUCGACAAAGCAUCUGUGUUCAAAUGAUUAUUCCCUUAGUUCAGUGGUUCUUAACCUUUACUACAGCCUUGCACUCGUUUGGUUCUCAAUCGUUCAAAUAUAUAUGUUAAUAA